UCUACAAAACAUUUACUAGCUUUACAAGAAAAAGAGAGUAAUUUAAUUUAUAAAAACUAGUCAAAAUGAAUCAAGUCAAUUAGCUCAAUUGGCUGCACCUUGUUUGGACCAAAAGCUCAGACUUUGUUGAUGCUCAAAGGUAAAAGUUACAGACUUCUGUAAAGAAGAUCACCAGGAUGUUGUCUAAGAGCUUCUUCUUUCAGUCCUGAGGGUCCUGAAACUGUAAGAUCAACAAAUCGCCAUUAGCAUUUGAUGAUGGAGAAAAUAACAGAGAAACUUUUACUGGAGAAAGGAACCCCAAAAACCAACAAACUGGAGCAAAUCAAGACACUAAAUCUUUCUAAGCUGGGCCUUCAGCUGCAGGACCUGCCUGUUAAGCUCCUGUCCCGUCUGCAGUCCCUGGAGAGGCUGGAUCUGUCUGGAAACAGACUGCAGAAGUUCCCUAAGAACCUGGAGCUUCCUGUGCUUAGUUUCCUGGAUCUCAGUGACAACCAGAUGGAAGACGUCACCACUUUGGAGUCUUUGAGCGCCUUGAAAGAGCUAAAGAUGGACGACAACCUUUACAUCACAGUGAGUGAUAAUUACAAACUGAUGGUGUUGCUGCCCAACCUGAGGAUUUACAAUGGAAAAGACAUCAGCACAAACGCCAAUCAUUUACGAUUUGUCUACAGCGACAACCUGAGGAGCAGGAUCGUUGCCGUCUGGGAGAAGAACUUCCGUCUGCCUGACCCCGCCUCCGCGGAGAAGCUGUCCGACCUGGAGACAAAGUUUGUGAGCGCGGCGUGUAAACAAGUGAAAUUUGGGCCCAGUUCUGUCAGUGAGUUCACCAGGUGGAGGGUGGGGAUUUUGGCUAAAGAGUAUCUGCACUCACUCACAGAACCAGAGGAGGAUUCAGAAAGCAAAGAGUCAGACACUGAAGAAAAAGAAGUUGUUAAAACGCCGUCUAAGAGGAAACCUCAGCCAGACGUGGACAUCAGCCCAAGACUGACGCCUCGUAAGCGUCUCCGCGCCGAUCCUCCCAACUCUCCUGCAGGAGAGAGUCCUCGCAAAUCCAGUCUGCGCCUCAGACCUCACACUCAAUCCCAGACCGGAAGCUUCCCGGCAAAAACGAACGGAUCCGCCUCAACUCCCACCAGAGCUUCCAGGACGAAUCCGAAGGAACGCUCUGGAAAAAAAGACGGCAGAGCUUCACUGGAAACAGAUUGUUACACGAUGCCCUUGUUCAAGACUUCCAGCAGAAUUCAGCAUCCCGUGUCUCUAAAGCCGCUCCAUGUGCUCCAGUGUCACAGCAAACAGGACAGCUCUGAGGACUUCUCCACCCAGCUGUGGGCCUGCGCCUUCCAGCCACAGCUGGACUCCUCUGACGGCGGUGGAGGAAGCUGCUUGGUGGCGACCUGUGGAGGAGACUCGGUUUGCGUGAUCGACUGUGAGACGGGAAUGGUGAUGAAGAAAUACAAAGUUCCUGGAGAGGAGUUUUUCUCGCUGGCCUGGUCCACCGUGAUGAUGUCCAGAGGCCCCAAGGCUUCAGCUCAGUCCUGCGCCGUUCUGGCUGCCGGAGGGAAGCGAGGAAUCGUAAAACUCAUCCAUCCCAGGAACAACGUGGCCUACGGCGAGUUCAGAGCCAGCCGGAAAGCUCUUUCUGUUCUCCGCUUCAACCAGCAAAAGGAAAACUUUCUUUUCACGGGGUCGUACGACAACAAGAUUGUGAUGUGGGACAUCGGAGGGAUUGACAGUCAGUACAACUUUAAAGUGGUUCAGCUGCUGUCCUUGGAGAGCAGCACCACCCCUCUGCACAUCGUCCUCCCUCCAUCCUCAAACCCUCGUCUGCUGAGCGCCUGUGAAGACGGCCUGUUCUGCUACAACACUCAACUCGGCACCUCCAGCAGCACCAAAAGCAGGUCUAUGGACAUGGAGAUAACGUUCCCAAUUUAUGAUGAGGAGGAGGAAGAUCUUGAAUACCACACAGUGGACGGGAUGAGCUUUUUAGAUGAUGAUCUAGUGGCCUCUAAGAACUACACGCACAGCUGCAUCUACCUGUGGAGCUGGAGCAAGACUGUGGCUCAGCGUCCAGACAAGAAGAACAGGACGGUGUGUGCGGUCAUUCUGGCUGAGCUGCAGUGGGCCAAAACCAAGAUCCCCUACCUGGCUCUCAACACCUGUCCUGGACGUGGUUACAUCGUGUGUGGUGACGACAAAGGCAGGAUAUGGACGUACCACGCCGCCAACCUGCAGAAAAAGGGCUAUAAGCCUGGAAAACCCAUCCUGCCCACUGAUGUUUUGGAGUGGCCGGCACCAACGAGGAAGGGCCUCGGCUCUUUGGAGGGCCCCUCCAUCAACACCGUAGCAAUGGAUCCUGAGCUCUCUUACAUGGUGGCCCUGAGUGACAAGAACAUGGUGAUAAUUUGGAAAAGAGAGGAGAGUGCAUGAGCCAAACGGACCGUUGAAGCCAUACAGAUUUUCUGUGGUUAUUUUUAAAAUGAAAACUGUUUUGCUUAUAUUUUUCAUAUAGAUUCUUAUUAUGUGUUAAAUUGGGUUAUCUGCCCCUUUUUUGUUCACACCUGAAGAAGGAGAAACUUUAAGAUAAUUGAUGCAGAACUUUUUUAUAUAUAUUUUUAAGACUGAGUUGGGUAAAACGUUUUAAGUUACCCUUUUUUAAAUUUGAAAAAUGCUGCUGUCAUAUAUGUGAAAAUAAGUCUUUGUGAUAGUUGUUCUAAAGUGAUUUUAGUUCUUAUUGUACUGUAUAAUGUUCUUUAAAGAAUUGUGCUUGAAAAUGUAUUUUUAAAGUUUAAUCUCUGUGAUUCAACAGUAUUAAACUCCCUUCUGGGUUGAAAAUUUAAAA